AUGGUCGAGCAGGUCCGCUUGUCUUCAGACGACUCGUCUGAGUCUGACUGGGUCUCGUACAGCAGCAGCUCUUCUUCCUCCCACUUGAAUGUUAGUGAUGUUGUCGACACCAAUAUUGGCGUGUUCUCGACGUUGAAACGGAAUUCAUGGUUGACGUCAUUCUCACGCUUCCGCCCGAGGUCGCUGGUCUCCGCAUUGACAGGCCACAACAAUAGCCACAAGGUCAAGGAUAGGGACUCCUCAGGCACCCUAGGCUCCUGGUUAGGCGCCCUAGGCGUGGAUCGUGUGCCUGGCCCAGGCCCGGCUACUCCUGCCAGUGCCAAUGAUGCCAACGCCAACGCCCUUGCUGGGGCCGCACCUACCAGUAGGACGCCUACGGUUCAGCCCGAACCCGGGACAGGAGUGCCAGUGUCGCUAUCAAGCCUGAACAACAAGCCCUGGUCGGAGGUGUCUCAAAUUUUGGAGGCUCCCACCCAGCGCGACCGGUCAUGUACUACUACUACUGCCUCCAAAGCGAAACCACGCUGCCGCCGCAGCAAACCCUCUCUGCUAGACAGAACACUCGCCGCCCAGCAUGGCGUUACCGAAGAGACGUCGCGAAUCUAUCUUCCCCCCUCCCCACCGCUGACUUGUCCGCCGUUGCUCCUGCACGCGCAGGACUGGACCGACAUCCCCAGCAUGGAUCCCAGUAACCUAACCCAGAGUCCCAACAUGGCCGACCUCCUCACCAGUCUGUCCAGCGAUGAAGAUGCAAGUCGCAAGAUGGCAGCUUUCAAGCUGCAGUCGCUGAUCAAUGAUCCUUCAUUCGCCGAGCACUUUGUGCUGGCUGGUGGUCUUCCACGCCUACGCGCCCUCGUCCUCGAGAGCACUGGCAAUACCCUUGCCUACAGUCUCGCCAGUUUUGCAAGGUUGCUAGAAGUGGAUCAGGGUUGGGAGGCCGUUGAUGAUCGGGUUGUGGAGCUCGUUGUAUGCCAACCGCUGGUGAAUAUUCUGCGAGGGGCUAUGGCUAUACUGGUGUCCAUUGUUUCGCGGCCUUACCAUGUCGACUGGUCAUCACAGAUGAACACAUGGAACAAUGCCGGAGGGUUCCAGGCGCUGAAACCCGCCAUUGCGGUUUACCCGCAGUUCCUGGAGAUGCUUGUUGCGAGGCUAUCAUCUGCCGACCAUGCUCUGUGCGCAAAUGCCCUACAAUUGAUCAACUCCCUCAUGCGCGAUGCCAUCACAAAUGACAACGAAAGCGAAUGGCCCAAGUUCAUAAAACGAAUCCAGGACCUUGGCGUGAUCAAAGCCGUGUAUGUGCUCAUGCAAAGCUCUGCUCUUCAAGACCUGGCGCAUCCUUUACUGGAAUUCCAGGCCUUGACCAAAAUUCUCCUCAGACGCUGGAGAGAUGUUCCGGUAGACUUGUUGAAGCCUGAACACCGGCGGACGAUCAAAGCUGUGCAUCUCUCCAGCAACCCCGACAAAGGGCUCCAACAGGAAGCCCGAAAUGAUGAAACAAAACACAAACACAAUCCGUACAAAUGGCGACGACUCGGUUUCUCCACAGAAAAUCCCGAACCUGAUUUUGCGGAUAUGGGGUUUCUCGGCAUGAUGGAUCUUUCGGACUAUGUUCGUAAGCACGAGGACGAGUUCCAGAGAAUUCUUUUGGAGCAAUCGGUCUCCCCGGAGCAAAAAAGGAUCCCUCUGGCGAGAGCAAGUCUGACGCUGACCGCAAUUCUCUUUGAGCAUUUCGAAGUGGAUAAAAUGGAUUUGGAAGAUUCCAAGAGCUACCUCGCCCUCGAAAGUCGGACCAACCUUGAUAAAGUCUUCAAGCCGUUGUUGUUACACUGGAGCCGGCUCCAUGGUGCUGGGUUGCAUGCGUUCCUCAGGCUAUGGAAGGCAACCGGUGCCGAGACGGAGGAUUUCGAUAAGAUCGUGGAGCUGGUACGGAUCUUGGUGGAGAGUGUCGUGGGUGGCGCAGACCGUGCCAAAGGCAUCGAAGAAAUCGAGAAAGAGAUGGCUGCUUUCGAAUAUAGCAAGCUCCGUGAACUUCAGAUGGAACUACUAGAAUUGACGUAUGAAGACGUCUGGGGUCGGCACUUACGAGGGGUGAAGGACGAGCUUCGAAGUGAAGCCUUGCAGUUUGUCAAGGAACAGAGAAUCCGUUGUCUUCUGGAGGGAGCCUGGUUUCCCACCGGUGCCACGUAUUCUGGUCAGGAGACAGGGGGCCCGGUCACGGAAAGCUCGCUGCAGCAGAGGGGGCCAGAGAGCCAUCGGUUUAUCAGACUUUCAGAAAACCGCAAAUACCUCCAUUGGGGCGAUUUUGACGAAAAGGAAGAGCAGGCACCGAUUAUGUCAAAUCUGCGGGACAAGAUCGACCUGUCCAUUGUCUCGUCCGUCGUUUCCAACGUGACUGCGAAUGACCGGUCGUCAAUCACCUCAGACUCGACACUGAAGGAGUUGCCGCAUGACAAGUUCACAACGACCAAGAUCACGAUACACGGAUAUGUACCAAGAUCGCGUGGUGGGCGCGAGGGACAUUCUCGAACCUCUUCCAAAACGUCGUCAGCCCGAAGUGGAUCGAAAGAAUCGGUAUUGUUGACAUUCCACCCUCAAAGUCACCGUGCGGCUUCGGAGUGGCUCGAUGGACUUCUCUUGCUUUUGGACCAACAGCCGAUCACAGCCGAGACCAACAAGCUAAUCAACAUGAUCACUGACUAUGGGCUCAAAGUUCGACUGCUCAAUGUGCGGUUCAACGAUGAAGAAGGAAUCGUGGAGGGGAUGGAUGGGAUGGAUGGUCCUGAGAUUCCAAGCAGAGAAGGAUUGGAUGAAGACUAUUACUUUGAUAUUUGA